AUGAACGCUGCAGAAUCAGCGCCGCAACCGGACGCAAGUUGGGACGAAGCACAGUGCACGGCAGCGCUCGCACAGCUCGAGCGGCUACAAGCACAGAUUGACGGCCUACGUGUUGCCAUACCCAGUAUAAUCGAACCUUUCCACCGUCCGCCAAAUCCCGCUACCUUCAAGCUGUACUCACAAGGCGUGAUCGGUUCGCAGAACGGCAUUAAAGCUCUAAACGAUAGAUGGAGAACACCAGAAGUACAAGGAAUGCUCGCGCACGCAAGAAAGAGUUACGAAGCGAAUCCAGAUCUAUCUGCAUGCACAUCAGUACCCGCUUACGGCUGGGUGGAGAGAGAACAUCGCGAGCAUGAAUUGCACAAGGGCGAUGGAAAGCACGCUGCUACUGAGGAUCAGAGUGAGAGUCUGGAUGACGAAAGAAUAUCGCUUGUUGUAGCGGAAGUACAGAAUGCACACCCUAGUAUGAAGCUAGAAACACAUAAUAAUAAUCGCGGCAUAACAAUACAAUUCGUCGCUAACUCUAUGAGACUCUCGUUCAAGGUCAACAUCGAACGCGAAAACGACACACCACGCCAGCUCAAUGCCGAAUGCUUAGGGAGUUCUGAGCCCUUCUUAUCAAUCACACGGUGUAUUGCAGCGCGACCACAAGCGAACAACUUGAGCUAUCUCCUGCAAAUGAUCGUCGCCUACAAGACUGUGAAAGGCACAUUGUGUGCAAGAUGUGGGAAGCUGCUUGAUGGAGCAGCCCUAAUUCCUACCGCAAGGCGGAGCAAACAAGUAACCAGCGCCGACGACGGUUUAGAAAUCAUCUGGAAAGCCUUUCACGAAGGCUGCUUAUAG